UUCACCAAACUGUGGCAGCUCUUUCUUCUCCUUCCACCGCUUUUCCCGUGACAAGAGCCUUUUUGUUGUGUCGGCGGAAAACAACAUGGCAGACCUCCCUGUCCAAUCCGAGGGUGGAAGCGGCGGGAUCGUGAUCAGCGAUGACUGGCCAGGCUACAGUUUAGACCUCUUCAGCUACCCGGCUCACUACUCCGGAGAUUUAGACUGUGUCAUCAUUCCACAUGGCGUCAUUAUGGACAGGACAGAACGCCUCGCUCGAAACAUCAUGGACGACCUGGGAGACCAUGACACCGUGGUGCUGUGUGUGCUCAAAGGAGGCUACCAGUUCUGUGCUGACCUGGUGGACAGGAUCACGGCCCUCAGCCGCAACUCCAAUCGAUCAAUCCCAAUGAGGGUCCACUUCAUCCGACUCAAGAGCUACCUGAACGACCAGUCGACAGAGGAUCUUCACAUAGUUGGAGCAGAAGACUUGUCUUUUUUAGCUGGAAAGAACGUACUGAUUGUGGAGGCCAUUGUAGGCACCGGAAAGACAAUGAAAACUCUCCUGGAGCACGUUGAAGGCUUCAGGCCCAAAUUGAUCAAAGUAGCAGGAUUGCUUGUGAAGAGAAUGCCCUUCAACUCAGCAUGUCUCCCUGACUAUGUCGGCUUCGAGAUUCCCAAUCGUUUCGUGGUCGGUUAUGCCUUAGACUACAAUGAGUACUUUAGAGACCUCAAUCAUAUCUGCGUGAUCAGCGAAAGUGGGAAGACGAAAUAUAAGAUUUGAAGCAGGGACCGUAAAGGAGGCGACUGUUACACAGAUGUCAUCUCACAGCAAGCCGGAACAUUUUUCUUGGGAUGCCAUGCACUGGCAGCUGCUAUUGUGACAUCUGAUCUUGAACAACCCUGUUUGUUGUUUUUUUAAUACAACAUUCCUUCUCUCUAAUGUUAAACAGUUUUAACAUAGACAACUAGAUUUAUUGUUAACAUCUUUUUUGUUUACAACCCUGAUUCACAUGGGAAAUGUAUAUUUCUGCAGCACUGUGACUGUAUAGCUCGGUGUUUUCAAUGCAAAUGCCAUGUUAGUAUUACUUCUUUUGGAUGCAAUCUUAAGGGUUUGAUAAUCUUGGUGAGUAUUAAUGUGAAAGCUUUUUAGGUCAGUCAGUGAUGAGGUAAAACUGUGUGUAGCUUUCCUUCAAAACAAAAGGGAGUUGUCUUUUUACAGGAAAUCAAUGGUAGAAUUUACAGUGUUAUUCACUUGUACAUUACGUUUGUCAACCACCUCUUUUUUUCAGUAUUUGAGGUUUAACAUAAAAUAAAAAAAAAAACAUUUGGGGUUCUAUAA